UGUAGGCGGUUCUAUCCAGAGUCUAUGUGGUCAAAGCGGUGCUCGGUCAAAAGCGGUUUGAGCCACCGAGAUAUUUCUUCUUUUCUUCUUCAUCCAUACUUUUCCCGUGUCUUCUUCUCUGCCAUCCUCUUUUCUACCCCAUUGCCAUCCUCCACGUUUCUUCUCUGCCGCCAUGCUUCCGAUUCGGUUGAUGCCGUCGAGGAGGAGCUCGGGGUUCUCCUUUUCUUCCUGCUAGUGCCGCGGUGGAGGAUGAGGAAUUCAUCCCCGUGGUCGAACCCCUCUCUUAGGUGGAGAAAAGGCGUGUGCGUGGUCGCCGGCGGAGCGGCGGGAUCUGCGCCGCUGCUGACGCGGGUGGUAAGGGAGGUGCAGAAUGGGCACGGUCCUGCUCCUGGGCCACCCGCACUCUCGGCCGUGGCCGCCGCUCGCCGGUGCUGGCCGUUCGACCAGGAGCUCGAUGUGUCGUGUGUGCGUGCUGCAGAUGCAGCAGAUGAUUUCGUCUGCUGCGCUUGGUUAUGGCGGCGACAUGGGAAGAAUCUGAUGCCACUAAUUUGGGCCGAUGACUGUGUGAUGUGGUUUCAGAUGUCGCGUGUCAUGGACGUGGCCUUCUUCUGGUUGGGCUGCCUACAUCCACGACAGAGGAUGAGAGAACAGGGAAGUUGUAGGUCGGAAUCUCUCAUUCAACACACUCAUCUGUGUGUGGGCGUGCGGCGCGGCGGCGUGGUGGCGAUGUGCCGCCAUGGCGACGCUGCUAGGAGGAACGUGGACGGCGCAGGCGGCCAGACGUGCUCCAAAUCGUCAAUCCCCACCCAUGUGUAUUGUGGUCCUGCAGGUCCACAUAAGAAAGGAGAGGCAGGUUCAGAUUAGCACUCCACCAGCUUCUGGGAGUUGACACGCAGGGACAUGGGAGACCAACAGGGAAGGCAACACUGUCCAGCCGUGGCCAUGAUGCACCUCCUUGGAAAAAUUCCAGAUUCGUUUUUUCUUCAGCUGCAUUUGAUUAAUCGAGUGGAUAUUUAAUUUUGGUAAAGGUAUAUGAUUGAUUGUUCAUGUCUCAGCAUUACUACCGAUUUAGUUUGUUCAUCUAACUUAA